AUGUCCGGCAAUCAGCUGCCCCGCCGCUCCAUCGCUCCCCCCACAGGGCCCCUACCAUCGCUGCCUGUGCCGAAGCAACGCUCGUCAAACGUCGGCCCCGCCAGUCUUCGAACACCCUCCAGCGGCCUUCCCAGUCCGACAAACCGCGCCGUCUCGUACUCGAACUCGCCUUACCGUCCAGGCGCCGCGAAACACACCACCUCCCCUUCCGUCCCGACCAUAGCCGCCGAGCAUGCAGGCGGCCAACCGCAAGGAAAGUCAUUGCGCAAGGUCGUCAGCAUCGGCGCAUUCCCACAGCCGCCCAAACAUGGUCUGAGAACCCCAAGCAGCCCGCUGGCGUCCAGUGCUUCGGUCGAUGGCGACACGGUAGACCAGCGCCUGUCCACAGGCUCCAAGGGCUCGAUACCGUCGAGGAGGAGCAGUCUCAAGAAACCCCCAAGGGCGUCAACUGCUGGUGGAGGCAGGGGCCUGCUGCCAAAGUCACCGCUAUCGCCCCCAAGCUUCCUGAACGGCAACGGCAGCGCAGAGUCGGUCGCAGUAGACACCAGCCAUCUCAGCCUGCCGUCUCCACCGCAGAGCCGCAGCACCUCCCCCAACGGAUCGCGGUCAACGAGCGCGACAACCGUCGAAGAGGGUGACGAUGAAGCAAGAGGGCGGAAGAGUAACAAGCCAGAUGGCGAGUCAGGAGGGAAAGGAAAUGUCAUUGUCAGUGUCCGAGUGCGACCAGAUGCAGGGCCAAACGACGGCCAGCAGGAAAAGGACUGGGAGGUGAAUGGCAAGCGGCAUGUAGUCACAUACCGCGGCCGUGAUGGUGGCGGAGACUACAUCUAUGACAAUGUCUUUGACACCCAAGACAACAACGCCCGCGUAUACGACGCGACAGCAAAACGACUGGUCAGAAGAGUCAUGGAAGGUUACCACGGCACCGUGUUCGCUUAUGGUAUGACCGGAACAGGAAAGACAUUCUCCAUGCAAGGAACAGCAACAAACCCCGGUGUGAUCCCACUGGCCAUUACUGACAUCUUCUCGUACAUUCGCGAAACGCCGCAUCGCGAGUUUCUCCUGCGCGUCAGCUACCUCGAAAUCUACAACGAGAAGAUCAACGACCUCCUGGCUGGAUCCGUGAUGGGCAUGGGUGGCCAACCCGGUCCACAAGAAGAGAUCAAGCUACGUGAGGACAGCAAACGAGGUGUCUAUGCAACACCCCUGAAGGAGGAGAUUGUUCAAAGUCCGACUCAGCUUCUGCGUGUCAUCUCCCGCGGCGACCAAGCAAGAAGGGUUGCUGGUACUCAGUACAACUCCCGAAGUUCCCGCAGUCACGCGGUCGUACAGAUUGUUGUGGAAAGCAGAGAGCGCGCAUCCGGGCCUAGCCUAGCUGGCGACAAGCGAUCUGCCAUCAUACCCGGUGGUGUUCGCGUAUCAACUCUCAGUCUGAUCGAUUUAGCCGGAUCCGAGAAAGCAGCCGAUGACAAGGAAAGGCGGACCGAAGGGUCUCAUAUAAACAAGAGCUUGCUCACUUUGGGAGCUGUUGUUGGAGGACUGGCUGGCAAUAAGACCGGGAAAGACGGGAAAAAGGACAAUCACUUGCCCUACCGCGACAGCAAAUUGACUCGCCUCUUGCAGGGUGCUCUUUCAGGCAACUCAUUGGUCAGCAUUCUUUGCACGAUUCAGAUCGGCGCCAAUGGCAGUCCUGCAGCUUCUGCUACCCACGUCAAUGAGACGCUGAACACGUUGAAGUUCGCGUCUCGGGCUAAGAAUAACAUCAUCAGUCAUGCGAAGAAGGCAGACGAUUCGCUGGGUGCCGGUGGCGAUGCAGGAAGCCGAGCAUUGCUGGACCGUUACCGCCUCGAGAUUCAAGACUUGAAGAGACAGUUGGAAGAGGGCAAGAAGAAGGAAGCCAGAGAUGAGGAAGAAGAGGAGAUGAGACGCGACAAGGAGGAAGAAAGAGUUCGCGAGCAACAAGACAAGCAAAGACAUGAAGAGCAGAUGCUAGAAAUGCAGCUUGCUCGAACGGCCCUCAAGGAGCGUAUCGAGCAUCUUAAUCGGUUGAUCCUUAGCUCCAAGUCGCUUGGGGUGAACAAUGGCAGGACAUACUCGUCGCUGAGCUUGCAGCGGGCUUCUACGUUCAGUCAUGUCAGCGACUUCCGACCGAUGUCCGUGCGAUCUUCUGCCAGUCACGCCACCCUCGAAGUGCCGCGUGCCUCUAUUCAGUCUUUCCCCUUGCCCGUGGAAGGGUCAGAAGAAGACGACUCGAUCGGCGAGAACGGCGACGGUAUGGCCACCCCGAACGCUCAAAUCCAGGCUCUGCAGGCCGAUCUCGCAGACAGGAACCGCUAUAUCAGGACCCUGGAGCAGCGACUCCAUCAAGCAAGAAGAUCGAGCCAUUCUCGCGUCUCACUGUCGAUCAACUCCAGGCACGGCAGCGAGGACGGUGGCCUACUUGCCAAGGUCGCUGAAAGGGAUGCUGAGAUUUCGACUCUGCGAGCGCAGCUCGAAGACAAAGAGCGGAUGAUCGCCGCACUGAACAGAGCAAAACAGAGAAACGACACAGCGCACGACGUUGGCAGCGACGGCUCUCCAGGGAGCCGACGUACUUCCUCAUACCAGCGCAGCGAGGGAAGCAGCGUCGUUAACAUACUACAUGCCAAGGGUCCAACAUCCCCCACUAGCCCGAACAGCACACCAUUCUUUCCCCCCGCGCCGACGAACCCGGGAAAGAAUAUCGAGGAAAUGACGAGAAUGCUCGACGAGAUGAUUACAGGGAGAGUCGAUAGGGCUGCAAGGCGCAGCCUCAUGCCCGUCAACGAGGCUCGACGGACUUGA